GCGGGCGGACGGACCGACAGACGGGCUGACGGUGGAAGGUGGGCGGCGGACAGCGUACGGGGACAGGCGCAGGGCGGCGCGAGCGUGGGCUGUGCGGCCCCCGGCCCUCGGCGACCCCGGCCCCAUGGCCGGCCCGGCCCCGCCCGCCGCUGACGAGCUGCCCGGCCCGGCCCGGCGCCUCUACUCCAGGAUGGAGGCCUCGUGUCUGGAGCUGGCCCUGGAGGGCGAGCGCCUCUGCAAGGCCGGGGAUUUCAAGGCGGGCGCGGCCUUCUUUGAGGCGGCAGUGCAGGUGGGCACCGAGGACCUGAAGACGCUGAGCGCCAUCUACAGCCAGCUGGGCAAUGCCUACUUCUACCUGAAGGAGUACGCCCGGGCGCUGGAGUACCACAGGCAUGACCUGCUGCUGGCCCGGACCAUCGGUGACCGCAUGGGGGAGGCCAAGGCCAGUGGGAACCUGGGCAACACACUCAAGGUCCUCGGCCGCUUCGACGAGGCUGUCGUGUGCUGCCAGCGGCACCUGGACAUCGCCCAGGAGCAGGGGGACAAGGUCGGGGAGGCCAGGGCGCUGUACAACAUUGGCAACGUGUACCACGCCAAGGGCAAGCAGCUGUCCUGGAACGCCGCGCAGGACCCCGGGCACCUGCCGCCCCACGUCCGGGAGCCUCUGCGCAGAGCCUCCGAGUUCUAUGAGAGGAAUCUGUCCCUCGUGAAGGAGCUGGGUGACCGGGCGGCCCAGGGCAGGGCCUACGGCAAUCUGGGCAACACGCACUACCUGCUGGGGAGCUUCAUGGAGGCCACGACCUUCCAUAAGGAGCGCCUGGCCAUCGCUAAGGAAUUUGGAGACAAGGCGGCCGAGAGGAGGGCAUACAGCAACCUGGGCAACGCCCACAUCUUCCUGGGGCGCUUUGAUGUGGCCGCUGAGUACUACAAGAAGACGCUGCAGCUGUCCCGGCAGCUCAAGGACCAGGCGGUGGAGGCGCAGGCCUGCUACAGCCUGGGCAACACCUACACGCUGCUUCAGGACUAUGAGCGCGCAGCCGAGUACCACCUACGGCACCUGCUUAUCGCCCAGGAGCUGGCCGACAGGGUGGGAGAGGGCCGGGCAUGCUGGAGCUUGGGGAAUGCCUACGUGUCCAUGGGGAGCCCGGCGCAGGCCCUGACUUUUGCCAAGAAGCACCUGGAGAUCUCCCAGGAGAUCGGGGACCGCAACGGGGAGCUCACAGCCCGCAUGAACGUGGCGCAGCUGCAGCUGGUGCUGGGCCGGCUGAGCAGCCCAGCGGCCACGGAGAAGCCGGACCUGGCUGGCUACGAGGCCCAGGGUGCCAGGCCCAAGAGGACGCAGAGGCUGAGUGCCGAGACCUGGGGCCUGCUCAGGCUCCCCCUGGAGCGGGAGCAGAAUGGAGACAGCCACCAGGUGGGGGAGUGGCGGGGGCCGGGCAGGGACAUGCUCCCUCUUCCCGUGAGGAGCAGGAAGUACCAGGAGGGGCUGGAGACUGCUGAGAGGCCCCGCGAGGGCGGCCACUCCCCGCUGGACAGCGCGGACGUCCGGGUGCAGGUGCCUCGCACGAGCGUCCCUCGGGCCCCGUCCUCUGACGAGGAGUGCUUCUUCGACCUGCUGAGCAAGUUCCAGAGCAGUCGCAUGGACGACCAGCGCUGUCCCCUGGAGGAGGGUCAGCCUGGCGCUGCCGAGGCCACCGCCGCCCCCAGCCUGGAGGACAGGGUCGCCCGGCCCUCGCUGACGGCCUCCCCGCAGACAGAGGAGUUCUUCGACCUCAUCGCCAGCUCGCAGAGCCGCCGGCUGGACGACCAGCGCGCCAGCGUGGGCAGCCUGCCCGGCCUGCGCAUCACCCACAACAACCUGGGCCACCUGCGUGCUGACGGGGACCCACAGGAGCCCGGGGACGAGUUCUUCAACAUGCUCGUCAAGUGCCAGUCCUCUAGGAUCGACGACCAGCGCUGCCCGCCUCCUGACGUGCUGCCCCGCGGCCCCACCAUGCCUGACGAGGACUUCUUCAGCCUCAUCCAGAGGGUGCAGGCCAAGCGGAUGGACGAGCAGCGGGUGGACCUCGCCGGGAGCCCGGAGCAGGAGGCGGGUGGGAGACCCGAGCUGCCGCAGCAGUGCCAGCCUGGCACCAGCUAAGGCCUCACCCCUGUGGCCAGGCUGGCCCCACCCCCGCUCCUAGCCUCCGGGCGGGGGAGGGGGACAGGGGCAAGGCUCACAGUCAUCUGUCCAGAAGCCCCUUCCUCUGCAGGCCGUGGCUGAGCACAGGCUCAGAGUCCUCCGGCCCUUUCCACUGUGGCAGAUGCUGGGCUCGCAGCCCCCACAUCGGCCCCUCCCAGGGUGGCGGCCUCAGGCUAGGGCUGCCCUGGCGGGUGGGUGUGCUCCUGUCCCAGAGCAGCGCCCGGGUGGUACACGGCCUCCUGCGGGGCUGCCCGCCCUCUCCCCGCCCCAGGCCCGUCCUCUCCCCGCCCGCCCUCUCCCUGCCCCAGGCCGGCCCUCUCCCCGCCUGCCUUCUCCCUGCCCCAGGCCUGAUCCUCUCCCUGCCCCAGGCCUGCUCUGCAGUUUGUUGGGUCCAAACCCUCCCUGGCCUCCCCCCGCCCUGCCCAGCUCCGUACUGCCUGGCAAAUGUGAAGACCCUGUUGCCUCCCUUCGGCCCCCAAGGCCGUCCUGGAGUCUCUUCUAUGGGGCCCACCGGUGACAUGGACGUUUCUGUCCUCCCAGGGGUGGCCCCAGGGAUGACGGGGCAGACGUGUUUGCCCCCCGUCUCAGCCUCUCGGCCACAGGGAGGGUCCCCUCCUGGCCCAUCGGCCCUCGCACUUCCCUUGGGCUGGAGGAGGUGCUAGGUGGUUUCCGAAAGCCUGGAGCCUGAUGAGGGCUUGGAGGAGGGCCAGGUGCCCCCACGCAGAGCCGCUGGGCCCUGAUAUUUCAGCCCCCCCCCCCCAGCAGGCACCCAGUCCUGGGCAGGCAGGGGAGUGGGUGGGUGGGGAUGGGCUGUGACACCCCUCAUCUCCAAGCUCCGAAGCCUGGGACAGAGCGGGCCUGGUUCUGGAAUGCCAGCCGUGGCGAGGUCGGGACCUGGACCACAGCAAGGCGGAGGGCCCGCAGCGAAAGCUGGGGGUGCAGAUCGGCCCGACCCUGGGCGCCCGGAUGAACACCCAGCCCGCACUGCGCCCUAAGCUGGGAAGAUGACACCACUGCCUUCUCUGGGGCGGGUCCGGCCCCACAUACCCAGGCCCGGCCACGGGACUGUGUAGGAGACAGGUCCCGCAGAGGGGUGUGGCCGUCGCUCUGGUGCAGGCCCCCGCCCGGGCUCACCGCCAGCCCCUCUGGAGAGCCCCUGGCUCCUCACCACAGCCCCGUGGCCCAAGGGUGCGAGGUGGCCGUGUCCGCCUCAGCCGAUGCCCCAGCUGGGCUCCUCCGUCUUUCUCCGAGGCCCUCCCGGCACGGGGAGGCCACCCCGCAAUACGGCCUGGGGGCCCUGGGCUCUGUGCAACGAUGCUCUGAAGGGUGUGGGUGGGAGCCCGGGUCGGGGGUCCGAUGCCGGAACACGGGCCCCUCGGGCCCCCACAUACUUGAAUGUACAAGCGUAUUUAUCGCUCACACGUGUUUGCCCUGUCGUCAGUGGGUCCUUUCCAGCCCAAGAGGUACAUUGUUUUUUGUUUUUCCCAAAAAUAUAAAGUCUGCCAAGUGAA